AUGUUCAUCUCGGGACGCGAUCAAGGCGCUCGCCGACGCCGCAGUCAUUCUUACGGCGUUAGCAAGGCCGCCCGGUCAUCUAAACUGUCCCUCCUGUCUGCAAUUACCAACGUGUCCCAUGGCUCCGAUGAUACGGUGACCCAGGAGUCUUACAAGAGGUCUUCGUCCAGUCCCGUGAGGCGACGAAGGUCCUCGAAGGCCAAGAAGCCGAAAGAGAACAUGCCUCUACCGAAGUUCCAACCCGAGAAGAUGAUCAAGGAGAAAAGCAUGUCCAAAGAGUCGGUCGAUGUCUUUGCGUUUCUUGUUGAGGAUGAGGGUCAGGAAACGCCCGUACCUCGUGACGAAGAGAAAUCCGAGGACGUUGUCAAGCCAUGCGAGCCUGCACAUGCCGAAGAGUCCGAUGAUGAGAGCUAUGUCCGCAGCCUUCAUAGCGACUCAGGGAUCUCUAUGGGAUCAAACAGUGUCUUCUUGACCAAUGGUGACUCUGCACUUGAUGAUCGGUUACCUUCAUUGCCAGAAGACAGCCAGGGAGAUGAUGACCACCAAGGUCAACUUAUCGAUCGACCCACAUACCCUCGCCGGUUACGACUGAAAUGGCCGGAGGUCCCACGAGCGACGCAUAGACAUCACCACAUGGGUGGAGAUAUGAGAACACCAAGUCCAGAACAAAGACGUGCCAGUAUCCCCAGCAUCCCGGAAACUUCUGAACAAGACUUUGCUCUUCCGAAAGAACUUCCCUUAUCCGGGUAUGAUCUGGUGGCAGACAGACUUGCUCAUGGGCAUGUGCCUCCGGUGUUUCGACGUUUCAAGAGGAUCAACUAUCGGGUUCUAUUACAAUUGCAGGAUGAAAUCAUCGAGAUGGAAGCCCAGCUGACCAAUAUCGACAUGGCUGAUACAAGGAGUCGCCUUAAUCCGGAUGGCAGCACUUCACCAGCUUCCCGUCGGCUCAAUUGGCAGUGGAACCACUCCGAGCUGCAUGCACAUCGUCUUGAGAUCCUAGGCAGAUUGUACAUCAAAAUUGAGCAGUACUAUCAAGCACUUCUAUCAGCACAAAAAGUGCAGAGCAUGUGCUCCACGGCGAUACCGAGCGACAUCGAGCAAUUCCGCCGUUGGCUACAAACCAACAAACCACUAUCAGGGCCGGAAUCACGGUUUCUAGACGAAGACGACGAUUUGAUGACACUACUAAACAACGACGGAGAAAACCCCUGUACUAGAGCCGGACGGACCGCAAGGUCAAACUUGGUACCGACAGACCUGGUGCCAUUGUGCAUUCUGACGACGACGCUUUUCCCACUGCUGUGUUUCAAGCUCACGACGGGCGUGCUGAACCGCAUGAUCAUCCUGGUCGCCGUUCUGACGGCGGGACUGGGCAGUCUGGAGAAGCUGGAUCGGUCGAAGGUGCCGGAACACAAGCAGUUGAUUGUGGCGUGUUUUGGGGUUUCGUUUCUGGUUGCUUUGCUUUUCUGA